AUGGCGGCGCGGGGCCGGGGACUGCCGCUGCUGCUGCACGCGCUCUCGGUGCUGCUGGCGCUGGGCCGCAUCGCCGCGGCGGCCAAGCUCAACAUCCCCAAAGUGCUGCUGCCCUUCACGCGGGCCACGCGCGUGAACUUCACGCUGGAGGCCUCUGAGGGCUGCUACCGCUGGUCAUCAACCCGGCCAGAGGUGGCCAGUAUCGAGCCGCUGGGUGCAGACGAAGCGCAGUGCUCCCAGAAGGCAGUGGUGCAGGCCCGCCUGUCCCAGCCUGCCCGCCUGACCAGCAUCAUCUUCGCCGAGGACAUCACCACGGGCCAGGUCCUGCGCUGUGAUGCCAUCGUCGACCUCAUCCACGGCAUUCAGAUAGUCUCCACUACCCGAGAACUCUACCUGGAGGACUCGCCCCUGGAGCUGAAGAUCCAGGCUCUCGACUCUGAAGGGAACACAUUCAGCACUCUGGCUGGGUUGGUCUUUGACUGGACGAUCGUGAAGGACACGGAGGCCAAUGGGUUCUCGGACUCCCACAAUGCCCUGCGAAUCCUCACGUUCUUGGAGUCCACGUACAUCCCUCCUUCCUACAUCUCCGAGAUGGAGAAGGUGGCCAAGCAGGGGGACACCGUCCUGGUGUCCGGGAUGAAGACUGGCAGCUCCAAGCUCAAGGCGCGCAUCCAGGAGGCUGUCUACAAGCACGUGCGCCCUGCAGAGGUCAGACUGCUGAUUCUGGAGAACAUCCUUCUGAACCCAGCUUACGACGUCUACCUGAUGGUGGGGACCUCCAUUCGCUAUAGGGUGCAGAAGAUCAGGCAAGGAAAGAUCACAGAGCUGUCAAUGCCUUCUGAGCAGUAUGAGCUCCAGCUUCAGAACAGCAUCUCGAGCCCCGAGGGAGAUGCGGGCCGACCCGUGGCUGUCUUGGACCAGGACACAUCGAUGGUCACCGCUGUGCAGCUGGGACAGAGCAGCCUGGUCCUGAGCCACAGGAAUAUCCUUUCCCCGGCCUGUAUCCGCAUGCAGGGUGCUUCCAGGUUACCCAAUAGCACCAUCUACGUGGUUGAACCUGGAUACCUGGGGUUCACAGUCCACCCCGGUGACAGGUGGGUGCUGGAGACUGGCCGCUUAUAUGAAAUCACCAUCGAAGUGCUUGACAAGUCCGGCAACAAGGUCUACCUCUCAGACAACAUUCGCAUCGAAACUGUGCUGCCUCCUGAGUUCUUUGAGGUGCUCGCUUCUUCCCAGAAUGGGUCGUACCAUCACGUCAGGGCAACAAAGCGCGGCCAGACAGCCAUCGAGGCAGCCCUCACCUCUGUGGUAGACCAGGAUGGAGGGGUCCACACAUUACGGGUGCCUGUGUGGAACCAGCAGGAGGUAGAAAUUCACGUCCCCAUCACCCUCUAUCCGAGCAUCUUGACGUUUCCGUGGCAACCAAAGACGGGCGCCUAUCAGUACACAAUAAAGGCCCAUGGUGGGAGUGGGAACUUCAGCUGGUCUUCAUCAAGCUACGUGGUUGCCACGGUCACCGUCAAGGGUGUGAUGACCACAGGCAGUGAUACCGGUCUCAGUGUGAUCCAGGCACAUGACGUGCAGAACCCGCUACAUUUCGGGGAAAUGAAGGUAUAUGUGAUCGAGCCCAGCAGCAUGGAGUUCGCCCCGUGCCAGGUGGAGGCACGUGUGGGCCAGACCUUGGAGCUGCCCCUGAGGAUCAAUGGCCUCAUUCCUGGUGGGGCCAACGAGGUGGUCACCCUGAGCGACUGUUCCCAUUUUGACUUGGUGAUCGAGGUGGAGAACCAAGGCGUAUUCCAGCCACUCCCAGGGAGGCUGCAGCCAGGAUCUGAGCACUGCAGUGGGGUCAAGGUGAGAGCGGAGGUCCAGGGCUACACCACACUCCUCGUGAGCUACAGACAUGGCCACAUCUACCUGAGUGCCCGGAUCACCAUCGCUGCCUACCUGCCCCUCAAGCCGGUGGAUCCCUCCUCUGUUGCCUUGGUGACCCUUGGCUCCUCAAAGGAGAUGCUGUUUGAAGGAGGUCCGAAACCCUGGGUCCUCGAGCCUUCCAAGUUCUUCCGGAACAUCACCUCCGAGGACACAGACAGCAUCAGCCUGGCUCUGUUGGGGCCCUCUACCUCCCGGAAUUACCAGCAACAUUGGAUCCUCGUGACCUGCCAGGCCUUGGGCGAGCAGGUCAUUGCCCUCUCGGUGGGGAACAAGCCCAGCGUCACCAACCCCUUCCCUGCGCUGGAGCCUGCCGUGGUGAAGUUCGUCUGCGCCCCGCCAUCCAGGCUCACCCUGACCCCCGUCUAUGCCAGCCCCCAGCUCGACCUGUCGUGUCCGCUGCUGCAGCAGAACAAGCAGGUGGUUCCGGUCUCCAGCCACCGCAACCCCCUGCUGGACCUGGCUGCCUACGACCAGCAGGGCCGCAGAUUCGACAAUUUCAGCUCUCUGAGCAUCCAGUGGGAGUCGACCAGGCCCUCGCUGGCCAGCAUCAAGCUUGAGCUGCCCAUGCAGCUAGUGGCCCAGGGCGAUGGGAGCGGCCAGCGGAAGCUGCACGGUUUGCAGGCCAUCUCGGUUCACGAGGCAUCAGGGACCACAGCCAUCUCCGCCACCGCCACGGGCUACCAGCAGUCCCACCUCAGCACGGCCAGAGUGGAGCAGUCGUACGACCCUCUUAUGCCCGUGUCGGCCUCCAUAGAACUCAUCCUGGUGGAGGACGUGAGGGUGAGCCCGGAGGAGGUGACCAUCUACAACCACCCCAGUGUUCAGACCGAGUUGCACAUCAGAGAAGGCUCUGGCUACUUCUUCCUCAACACCAGCACCGCAGACAUCAUCAAGGUGGUCUACCAGGAGGCCAGGGGCGUGGCCGUGGUGCACCCUUUGCUCCCGGGCAUGUCGGCCAUCAUGAUCCAUGACCUGUGCCUUGCCUUCCCGGCCCCGGCAAAGGCUGACGUGUACGUCUCAGACAUUCAGGAGCUCUACAUCCGCGUGGUUGAUAAGGUGGAGAUUGGGAAGAUGGUCAAGGCAUAUGUCCGCGUGCUGGACUUUCACAAGAAGCCUUUUCUGGCCAAAUACUUUGCCUUCAUGGACCUGAAGCUCCGGGCAGCUUCUCAGAUCAUCACGUUGGUGGCCCUUGACGAAGCCCUUGACAACUACACCGCCACGUUCCGUGUCCAUGGUGUGGCCAUUGGCCAGACCAGUCUCACUGCGAUGGUGACUGAUAAAGCUGGACAGCGAAUCAACUCAGCCCCACAGCAGAUUGAGGUCUUUCCCCCAUUUAGGUUGAUACCCAGGAAGGUGACACUGAUCAUCGGGGCCAUGAUGCAGAUCACCUCGGAGGGCGGCCCGCAGCCCCAGUCCAAUAUCCUCUUCUCCAUCAGCAACGAGAGCGUCGCUGUGGUGAACAGCGCGGGGCUGGUGCAGGGGCUGGCCGUCGGAAACGGCACGGUGUCUGGGGUCGUACAGGCUGUGGACGCGGAGACUGGCAAGCUCGUCAUCGUGUCCCAGGACCUCGUGGAGGUGGAGGUGCUGCUUCUGCAGGCUGUGAGGAUCCGCGCUCCCAUCACUCGCAUGAGGACGGGGACCCAGAUGCCUGUUUAUAUCACCGGGAUCACCAACAACCAGAACCCUUUCUCCUUUGGCAACGCGGUGCCAGGCCUGACCUUCCACUGGUCUGUCACCAAGCGGGAUAUCCUGGACAUCCGGGCGCGACACCAUGAGGCUUCACUACGGCUUCCGUCACAGUACAACUUUGCCAUGAACGUGCACGGCCGGGUGAAAGGCCGGACCGGGCUUAGGGUGGUGGUCAAGGCUCUGGACCCCACCGCUGGGCAGCUGCAUGGCCUUGCCAAAGAACUCACCGAUGAGAUCCAAAUCCAGGUAUUCGAGAAGCUGCUGCUGCUGAACCCUGAAAUAGAAGCAGAACAAAUAUUAAUGUCACCCAACUCAUUUAUAAAGCUUCAGACAAACAGGGAUGGUGCAGCAUCUCUGAGCUACCGAGUCCUGGAUGGGCCGGAGAAGGUUCCCGUGGUGCAUGUGGAUGAGAAAGGCUUCGUGACAUCAGGGUCCAUGAUUGGGACAUCCACAAUUGAAGUGACUGCCCAAGAGCCUUUUGGGGCCAACCAAACCAUCAUCUUUGCUGUAAAGGUGUCUCCAGUUUCUUACCUGAGGAUCUCCAUGAGCCCCGCCCUGCACACCCAGAACAAGCAGGCUCUGGCAGCCCUGCCUUUGGGAACGACUGUGACCUUCACGGUCCACUUCCAUGACAGCUCCGGAGACAUCUUCCAUGCUCACAACUCGGUCCUCAGCUUUGCAACCAACAGAGACGAGUUUGUGCAAAUUGGGAAGGGCACCACCAACAACACGUGCGUUGUGCGCACCGUCAGCGUCGGCCUGACGCUGCUCAGCGUGUGGGACUCAGAGCACGGGGGCCUCUCCGACUUCGUCCCGCUGCCCGUCCAACAGGCCAUCUCCCCGGAGCUGUCUGGAGCAGUGGUGGUGGGGGACGUCCUCUGUCUGGCCACGGUCCUGGUCGGCCUGGAAGGCCUCUCUGGAACCUGGAGCUCCUCAGCCAGCAGCGUCCUCCACAUCGAGCCCAGGACAGGCGUGGCUGUGGCCCGAGAGGCGGGAUCUGUGACGGUGUACUACGAGGUUGCUGGGCACCUGAGGACCUACAAGGAGAUAGUGAUUGGUGUCCCUCAAAGGAUCGUGGCCCAUUCCGUCCGCCCAGGCCAGACCAGCUUCCAGGAGGCCUCCAAGGUGACUGUCACCGUGGGAGACAGAAGCUCUAACCUGAGAGGUGAGUGCUCCCCUGCCCAGAGGGAAAUCAUGGAGACUCUGCACCCAGAAUCCCUCAUUAGCUGCCAGCUCCAAUUCAAGCAGGACGUCUUCGAUUUCCCAGCACGCGAUGUUUUCACAGCAGAGCCAGGAUUUGAUGCAACUCUGGGCCGGUACCUCUGCUCGGUCACAAUGCACAGGCUGACAGACAAACAGCUGAAGCAUCUCAGCAUGAAGAAGACGGUGCUGCUGGUCACCGCCUCCAUCCCGGGCAGCCACGUCCCCGGAGAGCACGUGGGCGCCGAGGUGCCCUUCAGCCCAGGGCUGUACACUGACCAGGCUGAAAUCCUGUUGAGCAACCACUACACCAGCUCGGAGGUCAAGGUCUUUGGUGCCAUGGAGAUUCUCGAAAACCUGGAGGUGAAAUCAGGGUCCCCAGCCGUGCUGGCCUUUGAGAAGGAGAAGUCUUUGGGGCUCCCCAGCUUCAUCACCUAUACAGUUGGCGUCUCGGAUCCCACGGCCGGCAGCCAGGGGCCUCUGUCCACCGCCCUGACCUUCUCCAGCCCCAUGACUAACCAAGCCAUCACCAUUCCGGUCACCGUGGCCUUUGUGAUGGAUCGCCGAGGGCCUGGUCCUCACGGAGCCAGCCUCUUCCAGCACUUCCUGGACUCCUACCAAGUCAUGUUCUUCACACUUUUUGCCCUGCUGGCUGGGACUGCUGUCAUGAUCAUAGCCUACCACACGGUCUGCGCGCCCCGGGAGCUCCCCACACCUCCGGCCCUCUCCCCACGAGCCAGCCCUCGCCACAGCCCCCACUAUUUCGCUGCCUCGUCGCUGACGCCUUUCAGCGCACUGCCUCCCAGCCGUAGAGCCAGCCCGCACUCAGGGCUGUGGAGCCCCGCGUACACCUCCCACUAG